CGUGGGGAGCCGGCCCCUGUCGCGCGCGCUCGGGUUCGCUGCGCUGUGGGCAGUCCGGGUAACUUCGGAGCGAGCGUCUUUCUUCACCGUGUAGGAAGAGGGUAGUAAUUUCCACCGUGUGGGCUUGUGGUGUGGAUUUAUGCCGUAAGGCCGAGUAGUAGAAACAUUUGAGACGUCAUUUGUCCAGGCCUCUUUGCCUCGGUCUCGAGUGCUGCGAGAGAGGAACAGCUUACAGGGCUUUGUCCUCCGUGCUCAUUCUAGUAAAGCCGCCAGCGUGAGGCACGGACCCUAGGAUUGAACGGGGGACAUUUGCAGAGCAUCUGGUGUGCAGAGAGUUUUCCAUCAGCCACCUCUCUGUGUUGCCAUGGGAAUUCAAGGCCUUGCCAAACUAAUCGCUGAUGUGGCCCCCGGUGCCAUCCGGGAGAAUGACAUCAAGAGCUACUUUGGCCGCAAGGUGGCCAUUGAUGCCUCCAUGAGUAUUUACCAGUUCCUGAUUGCCGUUCGGCAGGGGGGGGAUGUGCUGCAGAAUGAGGAGGGAGAGACCACCAGCCACCUGAUGGGCAUGUUCUACCGCACCAUCCGCAUGAUGGAGAAUGGCAUCAAGCCCGUGUAUGUCUUUGAUGGCAAACCGCCACAGCUGAAGUCAGGCGAGCUGGCCAAACGCAGUGAGCGGCGAGCCGAGGCUGAGAAGCAGCUGCAGCAGGCUCAGGAGGCUGGGGCAGAGGAGGAGGUGGAAAAGUUCACAAAGCGGCUGGUGAAGGUCACCAAGCAGCACAACGAUGAGUGCAAACACCUGCUGAGUCUCAUGGGCAUCCCAUACCUUGAUGCGCCCAGCGAGGCUGAAGCCAGCUGUGCUGCCCUGGUGAAGGCUGGCAAAGUCUAUGCUGCGGCCACUGAGGACAUGGACUGCCUCACUUUUGGCAGCCCCGUGCUGAUGAGACACCUGACUGCCAGCGAGGCCAAGAAACUGCCCAUCCAGGAAUUCCACCUGAGCCGGAUUCUGCAGGAGCUGGGUCUGAACCAGGAGCAAUUUGUGGAUCUGUGCAUCCUGCUGGGUAGCGACUACUGUGAGAGUAUCCGGGGCAUUGGGCCCAAGCGAGCUGUGGACCUCAUCCAGAAGCACAAGAGCAUUGAGGAGAUAGUGCGGCGGCUCGACCCCAACAAGUACCCUGUGCCAGAAAACUGGCUCCACAAGGAGGCCCAGCAGCUCUUCCUGGAGCCUGAGGUGCUGGACCCAGAGUCUGUUGAGCUGAAAUGGAAUGAGCCAAAUGAAGAAGAGCUGGUCAAAUUCAUGUGUGGAGAGAAGCAGUUCUCAGAGGAGCGGAUUCGCAGUGGGGUCAAGCGGCUGAGCAAGAGCCGGCAAGGCAGCACCCAGGGCCGCCUGGAUGAUUUCUUCAAGGUGACUGGUUCUCUCUCUUCUGCUAAACGCAAGGUGCCAGAACCCAAGGGGUCUGCCAAGAAGAAAGCAAAGACUGGGGCAGCAGGGAAGUUCAAAAAGGGAAAAUAAAUGUUUCCUGUACGCACUGUCCUUCCCUGAUCCCAGACCUGUCUGCUGUGUGCCCUUACGAGCUAGUACACCUUCCUCCCUAGCGCAUUCCCCUUUUAAACUUGAUCCUAACAGCGGGAAGGCCACAGAGGUUCUUUUCUUUUUUUAGUUCAGGAAAGCAUGUCCGGCUUAAACCACUUCUCAGGGAGGCUAAUGGACCCUGGAUCCAUUGUUAACCUGAAAUGAUAGCAACAAGUUUUAAAGGAUGAGGGAAAUGAUGCUGGAGAUGACUUCCUGGCUGACUAGCUGGUGGCAGGUGGAACGUGACUGCUUCUCCAGUUUUACCAUAGACAGCCACCAGUAAGCUCCAGCUUGGGAGACAGAAGAGCUACCAAGAGGAGAGGCAAGUGGAAAGCUAGGGUCUCUGUUGGCAUUAAAGGUUUGAUUACAAGCUGGGUCUUGUGGGCAGAAACUUGAACCUGCUACUAUAUAGAGUCUACCAUAGUUCUUCAGAGGAUUAAGAGUGUGAUAUUCUAGGGUUGUUUUUGUUUGCUUGUACUGCUUUUUGCUUUGCUUUGCAGUGUUGGGAAUAGCACCCAAGGCCUUGUGAGUACGAGGCAAGUGUACCACUGAGCUAGUAACAGUGUUCUUGCUUUAUUGAGGCAAUCAACUGAAGUGAGAUCUUAGGAUAAAACACUGAUUUUUAUGUGCUAUUUUUAAAGAUAUGAAGAGAGAAAAAAUAAAAUUAUUAAAGUAA